CAGAAUACGAAAUACAGCCCUUCAUGGUUUAACACUUGUCCCUUGUUGAUGACGUGUUCACGCCUCUGUGUUUACUGGUGAUCUGACUGUGAGCAGACAAACGCAUUUCUAACUUAUUGAAAUACACCUAUCUGCUUUUGUUCCAGGCUGGUGCCAGCACCUGUGGAUGGAGUCAAUGCUCCACUGAGAUGACAGACCAGGGCAACAACAACCAAAACAUCUCCCGCAACCCCUUUGCUGCCCUCUUCGGUUCCCUAGCCGAUGCAAAGCAGUUCGCAUCGGGCCAGAAACCACCUUCACACCACGGUGAUCCACCCUCGGAUGACUCGGAGGGGAGCCAGUCGGAGUCGGAGAACUCGGACAGCAUCGAGGACAAUGACGACUCGGUGGCCGAGAUAAGCCGCUCCUUUCUGUCGCGCCAGGAGCUCUGUGAGCAGCUCAACAUCAACCACAUGAUCCAGAGGAUCUUCCUCAUCACACUGGACAACAGUGACCCCAGUCUGAGGGGUGGUAAUGGGAUUCCUCCUCGCUGCGUCUUUCUGGAGGAAAUGGCUGCCGAGAUGGAUGGCCAAGACUGGUUGGACAUGGACAACAUCGAGCAGGCACUCUUCAACCGACUGCUCCUCCUGGAACCAGGGAAGCACCUCAUCUACAUGACCUCAUGUAAUGCUGUGAACCUCUCUGCUGACCGAGAUGCCGGGGAAAAGUGUGCUAUACCAUUCCUCUACGCCUGCUUCCAGAGAGCCAAGGAGGAGGUUACCAAGGUGCCAGAGAAGCUGCUGUCGUACGCUGUACGCUGUAAGAACCUGACCGUUUCUAACACACGCACGGUCCUGCUCACGCCCGAAAUCUACGUCAGCCAGAAUGUGUACGAGCAGCUGCUGGAUCUGCUGCUGGAGGGAGUGGGCCGAGCCCAGCUGGAUGAGGUGGUAGAGUUUGUGGAGGAAGUGAUUGCUGGCCUGUUAGCUGACCAGGAGGUGCGAACCUUCAAGGAGGUGAUAGGGCCUGUGUUGGAUAUCUUCCACAGCCGUGUGAAAGACUUGGACCUCUGUCAUCUUCUGCUCUUCUCCUACCUGGACCUGCUCCUUUACUUCAGCCAACAGAAAGACAUCGCUAAGGUACUAGUGGAACACAUCCAACCCAAAGACCCGGACAAUGGGCUCCAGUAUCAGAAGACCCUGCUCGGCACAGUGUUGAAUAUCUCCUGCCUGCUGAAGACACCAGGGGUGGUGGAGGGCCACAGUUUCUUCCUCAAUCCAUCGCGCUCCAGUCCACAGGAAAUGAAGGUCCAGGAGUCCAACAUACACCAGUUCAUAGGGCAGUUCCAUGACAAGUUGCACCAACUUCUCAAGAACCUGCUGCAGCAGUCAGGAGAGACGCGCCACCUGUUGCUCUCCUGGCUUGGCAGCUGUUUGCAGGCCAAUGCUGGGCGAACUAAGAUCUGGGCCAACCAGAUGCCUGAGAUCUUCUUCCAGAUGUACGCUUCGGAUGCCUUCUUCCUAAACCUGGGCGCUGCUCUGCUCAAGCUGUGCCAGCCCUUCUGUCGGCCGCGCUCGCCCAAGCUGCUCACCUUCAACCCCACCUACUGCGCCCUCAAGGAGUUGAGCGAGGAAGAGAGGCGCAACCGCAACGUUCAUGCUCGAGGUCUGGACAAGGAGACAUGCCUCAUCCCUAUCCCCCCCCAGCAAUCACCGGAGUUCCCCCAGUCAUACAGUCUCCUGACUGAGAACCUCAUCCUCACCCAAAUGACCCUGCACCUGGGCUUCCACAGACUCCAUGAGCAGAUGGUCAAGAUGAACCAGUCCCUCCACCGGCUGCAGGGCACAUGGCGGGAAGCCCAGCUCGCGGGUGGCCCAGCAGCCGAGCAGCUCCGCGAGCAGUUUGAGCGCCUCAUGACGGUCUACCUGUCAACCAAGGCGGCGGUCACCCAGCCCGGCAUGCUGCAGAACUGCCUCAACCUGCAGGCCUCCAGCGCCGCGCUCCUGGUCCAGCUGGGCCUCAACAACCAGGGGCCAGAGCACGUCCAGCUCUCCUUUCCCCUGGCACCACUACAAAGCAGCCUGCUGUGUUACGUACCAGAGUUCUUUGCAGAAAACUUGGGGGAUUUCUUCGUCUUCCUCCGCCGUUUCGCCGAUGAGGUCCUGGAGUCUUCUGCCGAGAGCUUGGAGCAGGUCCUCAACUUCAUCACUAUGUUCAUGGGAAACGUGGACAGGAUGAAGAACCCUCAUUUGCGGGCAAAGCUGGCAGAAGUGCUGGAGGCCGUGAUGCCUCAUAUGGAGGCAGUGUCUAUCGGCACUGCUCAGCCAAUCAUGUUUCAGCGCCAAAGGGUCUUCUGCUCCUACCGCCACGCCCCUUACCUGGCUGAGGCACUCAUUGCAGUGUUUGUGGACAUUGAAUUCACUGGUGACCCUCACCAGUUUGAACAGAAGUUCAACUACAGGAGACCUAUGUAUCCCAUCCUCAAGUACAUGUGGGGGAAGGAGAGCUACAGAGAGAGCGUUAAGCGUCUGGCUGUUUAUGCAUCCGAAAACCUUGAGGCCAUGAGUCCUCCACUCUUUCUGCGGUAUCUGAAUCUCCUGAUGAAUGACGCCAUCUUUCUACUCGACGAAGCUAUACAGUACCUGACUAAGAUCAAGCUUCUGCAGCUGGAGAAGGACCAAGGCGAGUGGGAGGGGCUGGCCCCCGAUGCCCACAGGGAGAAGGAGUCCAGUCUACAGAUGCUGGGGCAGCUGGCUCGCUUCCAUAACAUCAUGUCCAAUGAGACCAUCGGCACAUUAGCUUUCCUUACAUCAGAGAUCAAGGGUAUUUUUGUGCACCCCUUCAUGGCUGAGAGGAUUAUCUCCAUGCUCAAUCACUUCCUGCAGCACCUGGUUGGCCCCAAAAUGGGCGCUUUGAAGGUGAAAGACUUCAGCGAGUUUGACUUCAAGCCCGAGCAACUGGUCUCUGAUAUCUGCACCAUCUACCUUCAUCUGGGUGAUGAACAGAAUUUCUGUGCCACUGUCCCAAAAGAUGGACGCUCUUACUCUCCCACCCUCUUCUCUCAGACCGUCCGGGUCCUGAAGAAGAUCAACAAGCCUGGAGACAUGAUCGUGGGUUUCGGUCUCCUUGCUGACAAAAUAAAGUCUCAUGCAGAUCAACAGCUCCAGGAUGAGGAAACGUAUGCGGACGCACCAGACAACUUUCUUGACCCAAUUAUGUCUACACUGAUGCUGGACCCGGUGCUGCUGCCCUCCUCCAAUGUCACGGUCGAUCGCUCCACCAUAGCACGCCACUUACUCAGCGAUCAAACGGACCCGUUCAACCGCAGCCCUCUGACCAUGGACCAGAUCCGGCCCAACGAGGAGCUGAAGCAGAAGAUCUUGCAGUGGCUAGCCCAGCAUAAGCAGGAGCGGCUGCAGAUAGGCCCCAGUGGCUAACCCUGGGAUUUUCUCAAACCGACUGUACUCACCCCACACCUACUGUAGUAUGAUCCACCUUGACUCAUCCAUGUGCGCUUGCCUUCAGGCUUCAGACUUUAACCCAUGCGAGAGGAUAGCAUCUCCCUCCAAAGCAGCGCACAUGACCCUCAACAACGCCAGCUGGUCAGUGGAAGAUCCCGGGUCUCUAAAACUGCCAAGAGAGAAGAUGAGGUAGAGCUGGAAACCGUGUUGCAUCGCUGCCUUCAUAAGCCCAACCGUGGUGUGGACUUUUGCCUCCUGCAUCAGAGAAUAUUGUAUACCACCAGUGGUUUGAGAUCUGGUCAGAAUGACUGGUCUAACUGGACAGUAGUGGUUUAGCUAUUCCUAAAUAAUUAUCAGCUCAGCCAAACAUUUUCUAUUUUAAAUGUAGUGAAGUAUUCUGGAGAUGUAUUCUUCAGAAUGAUUUGCCCACUGUUCCUUUAGUAACCAUAACUUUAACUUAAGGUUAUAUGUGUGUAUGUUUGUGUGUAUAUAUAUAUAUAUAUAUAUAUAUAUAUAUAUAAUAUACACAAAAAUACACACAUGCCCCUAAACAAGAUUCACUAAUGUUAUUUAGUGUUUACUAUUUGAAAUAUGUGUUAUGCAAGCAUAUAAUGACCAUGAAGGAAAAUGUGGGUUAACCAAUCUUGAUAGAAUCGGUGCCUAAAACCACAAGCCUUGCUUUAAUUAAAUCAAAUGACACCAGACAUCUUUCAAGUUAUUACUUUGUUGCAUUCAUGGUAAUACAUGCAGCAUCAAUUGAUAGGUUUUCUAUCCUAAGCAGUGGGAUGGUAUAGAGAGUGGCAGAUUUAGGAGGUCAUUGGCUUUGGAUAUUCACAAAACUGUAACAUGUGAGUUACUCUUGUUUGGAAUCUAACACUUUUAAUGCAAGAAAGUGUCAUUUGUAAAAAAUAAAAAAAAAACAGUAUAUUAGAAUGUGUGAAAGAAUACCCAUUUGAUUGCAUGCAUUUCUAAGUGCUACCAACUUCUUGAUUACCGGGGUGAAAUUAUAAUGCAAUAUUUCCAUGUUUUAACUGUCAGAUUUCUUUUGAAUGUACAUUAUGAUUGAUAAAUAAAAAGGCUUUCAUGUGUUAAAAUAUCAAA